AUGCCCCCCAGAUUACCACUUGCGCAGGCGGCGCGAUGCUGUACUGCGGCGAUUGAGGCCUCAGCGAGACCAACGAGUCUGGUCUCCCUCUUUGCCGCCCUCUCGGUGCAGACACGAAGCGCAUCCAUCCUCGCCAGCAUCUCCGAUAACAAGGGCGCCUACAACAAGCGCAUUCGGAAGGGUCGCGGGCCCUCGUCUGGCUACGGCAAGACAUCUGGUCGUGGCCACAAGGGUACGGGCCAGCGUGGUAAGCUCAACCCGUGGUUCCAGGGUGGUCAAACCGCCCUGAUUUUCAGCCAUGGCAAGAUGGGCUUCGUUAACCACCGUGCGCCUGUAAUGAUGGAGCUGAACCUCGACCGACUCCAGGCCUGGAUCGAUGCCGGCCGCCUCGACCCAAAGAAGCCUAUCACCCCCCGCGAAAUCAUUAAAUCGGGCGUUAUCGGUAGCUCGAUAAAGGAUGGGAUAAAGCUACUCGCUCGCGGCGGAGAGACGCUAAAGACUCCAAUUGAUAUCAUGGUAUCCCGGGCGUCUGCCUCUGCUAUCAAGGCGGUCGAGGAUGCCGGCGGCAAGAUCACGACGAGGUUCUACACGAAAGAUUCGCUCAAGCGGCUGGUCAACGGACAGAGUGUCAGCACGGACAAGCCGCUACCUUUUGGCCCGGAGCACGUCGAGGCUGUGUUGGAGAAGGCGAGGACGACGAAGAAGCACUACUUCCGCUUGCCCGACCCGACAAGUCGUGAGGAUAUCGAGUAUUACCGGGACCCGGCCCAUAGGGGAUACCUGAGCCACACGCUGCAGCCGGGAGAGUCUCCUAGUUUGUAUUUCAAGGUCCCGGGCAAGACGGCUAUCACGAACAAGCCCAAGUCUAAGGAGAAGGCCGCCGAGCAGGCAGCGAGGUUGUUCUAA